AUUUGAAUUAUUAAUUCGAAAACCUAAAUGCUGAUGUCCUUGUUAAAAGGAUGUUCGAACUUUCUUGGAGGGGGCUGGAAUUAUAAAACUGAAUUUUCUGAAAUUUUGCGAUAUUCGGUGCACAUCAGCCAUGAAGCUCCUAGUGAUCGUUUCCUUGGUCACAAUUGCCUUGGCAAAACCGGCAGUCAAGCCUCCGGUGAAGAGACAAUUCGACUUCACUGUUCCGCAGUUGAGUCAAGAUUUCAACCAAUUCGGAGCCAGAACCUUCCAGAAUGGAUUCAAUUUAGUUGAAAGCCAAUCCGAGAAAACACCAAGCCUUCUGGUCAACCAAGACUUGAACCAAUUCAACCUUGGACUAAAUGGAAUAUCUUCUUCAUCCAACGGAGUUCUUUCAUCACAAGGAUUCUCUUCAUUCAAUGGACCUGAAAUCACCAAUGUCGGAUCAUCUGGUCUGAACUCUAAUGGUUUUGUGUCAACCACCACUGCUUCUCCCGUGCCAGUCUCUUUUGAAUCUUUUAGCCUCCCAACAAGUACCAUAUCGCCACUUCUGAAUUCUGAAAUAAGCUCCAUUAAUUCAGUUUCAUCUCUCAAUGGAUUACCUGUUAAUUCUGCCAUAUCAUCAGGAAUCUUCGCUCAAAAUCUCGCACCAACUGUAACUCCUCUUUCAGAAAUAUCUAGGUCAUACGCUGACUCCUCAUUCAACGGUUUCAAUGUGAACCCAACUGCUCUGCCCAUCGUUAGUUCAACUGUAUUACCUUCUAGUUUGGUUCAGAAUAGGUUUGGAGGAGAUUUAUUAUUGAAUAAUUUGCAAGGAUUUGACUUGAACUCAUACAGAUUCAAUAACUUGGGAGAUUAUCAACAAGUUGAGGUGAAAAAUAACCAAAAAUCCGAAACCACCAAGAGCGUCUACUUCUAUGAAGCUCCAGAGGAACCUGAACCAAUUCGUCAACGUAAAAUAAUCCAAUUGCCACCACAAAAAACAAACUACAAGCUUCUUUUCAUCAAAGCUCCAUCUGCCCCUGAACCUCAGCCAAUUGAAAUUCCAACUCAAGUACUUAAUCAAGAAAAAACACGAGUCUACGUUUUGGUCAAGAAACCAGAAACUGAACAACAAGUCAGAAUUGUUGCAGGUCCUACACCCAAGCCUGAGAAACCUGAGGUUUUUUACAUCAAGUACAAAACCCGUGAAGAAGCCGAGAAAGCUAUUAAAGAAGCCCAAGAAGGUGCUUCUUUAGGACAAGAAUCUAUUAGUGUAAAUGGCCAACAGUUGGUAAAUUCCAUAAAGAAUGUUGCAGUAACUGAAACUGGCGGAAAUACUAUUGUGAAACAAACUUUCUCCCAAAAUUUGCCAUCUUCUUCCUUGAGAUUGUUCGAAUCAUCGACUGCGUUGCCAAUAAUCUCUAGCACAUUCUCUCCAGAAUUGAACUAUGUGUCUAAUCCUUCCAGUGUUUUGUUGAACGAUGGUGGAUUCAACCAAUUCGCUUCAUCCUACACACCUUCUUUAUUGGGAAGUAAAGUCUUCGCUACUUCAGGAAAUAAUCUUUACUCAGUGAAAAAUAACAUUUUCUCGAAUGGAAACCUAGGUUUUGGUUCAGGAAACCUCGGUUCUUUCCAAAGUACCACCUUCAGUCCCUUCCAAAGUUCAACUUUCAGUCCUAACACCUAUGUGUCUUCCGGACUUUCUAACUUCCCUUCAUUCGUUGAUUUGAGCCAAAGAUCUGGAUUUGGUUUCCGAUCAGGACGCGUUGAUAAAUCUGAAGAAAAUAAAUCUUCAAGUGCAACAGCUUCAGUUGCUUCAACAUCUUCAUUUGGUACAUCCUUUGAAGCCCAGUCUGAGAACAAAUCUACCGAAGAAUCAACCAGCCAGAAGGAUGAACCACUCCUGUUGUCUCUUGGUAGUGGAUCCAGUACAUCCAGUCCAAUUUUCACAAAUGCUCUCGAAACUUCAACUGAAGCUGUCGACGCAGAAUCAUCUACCUCAUCAGUGUGAACUGAAUAAAUAUUAACUUUGGUAUAUGAUGAAUUUGUAAAGUAUUAGUUUAAGAAGUAUUUUAUUUCGAUUAUAAUUAAAGUGAUAUCUUAUUUUCGAUGUACCUGUUUCUGCAGUGAAUUCAAUAUUUAUUCACUCUUAAUUUGUUGUUUUUUUAUGGUAUCGCCUAUUCAAUUGAUUCAGCUUCUCAUCAGAAGAAUGUUCUUUGAUUAUUUCGAAAUGAAAAUUAAAUGUGUAUUCACAUUGGAUGAUACCAUAAAAGAUAAACUGAAAAAACACGUGAGUGAAAGAGGGCAUGAAAUAUACUGGCUAAGAUUAUAACAUCAAACAUUGUUAUAGAUCAAUU